GUAAUUUCAGAAUGUGGAAAUUGGCCUAACUACAAAAUUAUUGGUUGAGUUUUAACCACGCAUUCAACAUCAUAAUAUUCACCAAGUUGUAUGCCAAUACCUUUUUAUCUAUGCACGUGACUAACAAUAUUUAGAUGAUGACAUUGAGAUUUUAGAUGAUAAAUUUGAAUAGAUACAAAAGCAAAAGUUUAGGUUAGAGUAAUUAAUAUUACUAUGCUCUCAUGUAAACAUCAUUGAAAUGACUAUUGCAUCAGUUGCAUGUAUGAUAAGAUAUAUUAUGUAUUGUUGUUAUGGCAGCAUGUGGGGUCUGGUUUCUUUUUACCUCAACCCUCCUUGGAAAAUCAGCUGAAACACUUUGCAUACAACCAAAAGAUGUUGCAACUAAGUUGUUUGGGGAUUUUGAUUGCAUUCUCAAAAAAAACCCAACACUUGGUUUGAUUGGGGAUUGGGAAUACUUAAAAUUUUGAGGAGAUUCCCUUUCUCCAUGCCAACUUUUCUUUGCCACCAAGAAUUGGAAAUUAAAGGGGGCAUGGCAUCAAUCUUUUAAGUUUUAACCUUGUUGACAUCCAUCUCACUACAUUAUUGUCCUCUUCUCAACUUAAACAAAAAAUAAUCAAUUUGUUAUUUUUGAGUGGGGCCCUGUUUUGUAGACUAAAAUGUCAUUGCUUUUGUCUCAACUCUUAUCCCUUAAGGAACCCAUUUGAUUUUUCCCCUUCCCUUUUGUUCUUUGGUGCAAACACCACUUUAUUUUGUCACUUUCCUUUUCCAGAUUUUGAUAAUUUCAUUGUAAUUUUCACAGGGAAUAUUCUAGUAUUUGUCUACUCAUAUUUUAUUUUCAUCCUUUAAAAAAAAAUUGUAAUUUAUGUCCCAUAAUAUGCUAAUUAUAAAUGUUACUCUUAAAUUAUUAGUAUGUAAAUGUUGUCCCUCCCGACGAAGGCAAUAUAUGUACCGUGUGAUAUUGAUAAUUGACACCACUAAUAAUUCACGUGUGAUAUUGAUAAUUGACAUAUGGAGGGGCAUAAAUUAUAAUUAAAAAAAAUACAUAGUAAAAGUUAUAAUUUCUUAUAUAAAAUUAAUUAUACGGAGUAUAUUGAUUUGGGUAGGGCGCUAGGUUAAAGCAGUUGAGAUGAGCUGGGUGAAGGGUGAAGCCGAGGUGGAUUGAAGGGUCGUCCAAGGCAGCUUCGGAGGCGGGAAAACGGAGAGGAUCAUCUCGCACGUAAUGCCGGUGACAUCAGACAGCGUUCUUAUCACGCCAUGUUAUCAUCAAUGCCCUUGAAAUUCCAAUAACACCCUCGCUCUUUUGUUAAACUGACAAAAACCCCCCUUUCUCCUGGGCUUUUAUUGGUGGGUCACGUAAGAAAACCUCACCGCCUGAUGGGGGAACCAGAAAUGCCACGUCAGCCUGCAGCUUAACGUUUCAAAUGAGCUCUCUCGGUGCCACGUGUCCGGGUGCUGCUGGCCCCCACAACCGAACCCUUUAAAACUCUCGUAGAGCCCUAAAGCGCCAAAACACACCACCACACCACUCCCCACCAAAGCUCGCAAGUCGCAACCGCCCAGCCACCGCGCUUCGGUCAUGGCUUCCGCCACUUUCUCUCUCUAAACCUCCGUCUCUUUGGAAAAACUCUCCGAUCAUUGCUAUCAGUACUUGUACAGCCUCCGGUUGAAGCUAAUCAAUGGGAUUCCAAAACCCAAAUGAUACACAGCAUCCACUAGCAUCUACUCCUUUUCAAGUGCAUGAUGAGCUUGCACUUUCCAUUAGGCAAAGUGGAGAUGUGCAGUGUAAUGGAAUGAUACAUGGUGGUUUUAGUUCAAAGGCAGACCUUGGUUCCCUGUCCUUAACAUCUUUUCCUAUUACUCCUUCCCCUCUUGAAAAUGUCAAUGCCCCGUUUCAGUCAUACCCCUUCAUGCCAGAGUUCAAUGACAUUCAGAUGGAUAGUAGAGUGAAAUUCAGUGGCUUGCAUGAUCAACAUAUUGCCCCAAAUUCAAUCAAUGUCAGUACCAUUGCACCCUCUUUCUUCAACCCACCUACAAUGCUUGAUCCUUCAAGAAACACAGGAGGAAUACACCAUCCAGUAAAUGAUUGUAAUAUGCUUUCUAUGGAUAGUUUGAUGAACCAAGAUGUCUUUUAUGAUGUUUUUCAAAAUCCUGGGAUGGACAUGAAUUUCUUGCAAACAAGAGGCAAUGUUAUCAUGGAGGAAACAAAGUCUAAUAGUUUAAAAACAUUGAAGACAGCUGUAUGUCCAAACAUGGGGAAUAUCAUACCUAGGCUUGAGCAUGCUCAAAAUAUUAUAGGAACAGAAACUAGAAAAGCUUUCCUGGCCAGUAAUUCUCAGUCUUGCACUCCAAAAACAAUUGAUGGGAGUUUCCUGACACUUGGGAUAGGAGGUAACACAGAGCAGAGAUCAAGAAAUGCUUUCAGUACCAAAGAGAUUGCCAGUAAAUUAGAUGGAACAGUCUCUCCAUACUUCAACAAUUCUCCUUCUCCACAGAUGAGAAGAAAUUCCUCAAGUCUACCUCACAGCUUUGCUGGUGGUAGUGAUGCAUAUGGAGUAUCUAGUACUGCCUGCAUUAUGGGCCACCGUAAUGUGUCUGCUAGUGAUGAUGCAGUUUUGAUGUCCGCCAGCAGUGAACCGAGUCCAAAUUCAUUUCCUUUUCCAUUGACUGCACUAAGUGCUAACCAGCCUCUUUCUUAUGCAAACAAUGGUAGAAAUUCAGACUUUGUUGGUAAAACUAAUUCUAUGUAUAUACCAAUGGAUAGAGCCGGAGGUGUUAUGGGUGAUCAGGUUCUGUCAUCAUUGACAGUUAACAAUACCAAUUCCUCUCCUCUUGGUUCUACUAAGCUGUCUGAUAUAGCAUUGGAAUCUUUUAACAAUGAAUUCGUCACACCUAAAAUAAUGUCUGAGCAGCUGCAAAGCUACCCAAAUAGUGUAAAGAACAUGCCACCAGAACCUUCAAUGAAUUUCUGUAUUCCCAGGGCUAGAGGAGGAUCAGUCGGGCCAAAUCAUUUUGGAAAACUUGGUCCAUCUUCAGGGAUUAGUCAAACUCAAACUGUCGAAGAUGGUCUAUUUCCUUUUAGUGCUCAACCCAUUGGUUAUCAGUCUUCUAGUGGGCAAAUUACUUCUCCAAGUAUUGCAGGAAAUGGCCUAUUUCCACAAAGAAUUGGAGUUCAUAUUGCAGAAAACAGUGUUGUGCAGCCUGCCAAUGGAAACCAAUUUCCUAAGAGACUAGGAUUACAACUUAAUGGUGAUGCUAUUUCUCAAGCUGGUCAAGAAUGGGUGUUGCAUAAGGAAGCAGAGCAUGCCCCACAAAAUGUACUUUCGGGUAAGCUACAUCAGUCGCAAAACAGAAGACCUGCUCAGCUUCCAACAGUGUCUGCUAAGGGCCCCAGCAGCGUCAGUGUACCUAUACAGAUAAACAGGAAUCCUUCUGGACCUGAUUUUGUCACUGGUCAUGGAAUUCCUACUGCAAAGGUCAAUGCUAUUCCGCAGGCUUCUGAAACUCAUGGCCAACCAUCUCUUAAAAGAAAAGCGUAUGAACCCCCUCCAAUUUCUCAGCGCAAGAAGAUAGUCCAGCGUCCAGUUGCUCGCCCCCCAGGACAGAGCCUUCGACCUCGACUUCCCACACCCUCUCCUGCUCUUCCAUUGCCUCACGUCAAGUGGCAAGGCUGUGAUGGACCUCCAAAACCCAGUGGACACAAAUGCCUGUUGUGCAAGAGGGACGUGGCAUUCAGUCCAGAUGGGCCGGUGCAUCAGCCUUCCAUUCCGCCAGCUGUCGCAGUUCUUCCUUGCGGCCAUGUAUUCCAUGACCAUUGCUUGCAUAUCAUCACGCCUGAAAACCAAUCAAAUGAUCCUCCAUGCAUUCCUUGUGCCAUUGGUGAAACAUGAAGCUCCGCUCCGCUCUGCUCCUUUUUGUUUAGGUUUUUGGGGGGGCUAAUUUUGGAGGCUGGCAAAAACAGCUUCAAUUUUAUAGAAAGAUUGAAUAUAUUGGGAAAGGUGACAGCAGAAUAGGUAUAGUAGUUGAAUUGUACAGAAGGUGCAACUAAGCAGGCUUGGCAACUAACCCCAAUUUGUAAAGUUACAAUUGCUAAUAUAGCCCCAACCCCCACCCCCUUUUUUUGCAUUCAAUUGACAUCGAAUGAUGGUUUAGUUUUUUUGAAAACCAGAAUGAUGGUUUAGUUAUUGGAA